AUGGAAGGCAACCAAACAGCAGAAAAUUUUACUGGUACUCCGACUGGACAAUUCAUACCUAACAAUAAUCAACCAGAAUCUCCACCACCACCAUAUGAUCAAGUAACUCAACAAAGAUCAAAUAAUCAAAGCAAUCGUAGAAAUGAAAAUGAGAUCAUUGGUGGAACUGUUGCUGUUUAUGGUACUGGUGUUGGUGGUACGCCUACAAUAAUAAUCAAUCGAAUUCAGUCAAUGAUUGUUGUUGCUUAUACAAUGAUUCUGGCUUUGGAUGUCACUUAA